CCAUGAGUGUUGAAUUUAGUCCUGUGUGGAUUUCCUUCCCCUUUCAACACACAUAGUGACGUUAGUUGACAUAAUUGGGCAGGAUAUAGCCUGAAUGUUUUUAGCAGUCUGCAAGGCAGUGGUUUGUUUUGUACUGGUAAUUCUAGAUAAUGUGAGUUUAAUACCGAGUGAUCAGGCUUAAAAAGCUACAGUGGCAUUGGACCAGCAUCUCUCCCUAAUGGCCCACUGAAAGCUUUUGUUUGUUCGUUUGUUCUAGAGAAUCAUAUUAAUGGUAUUCCCUGGCCGACUCGCAAGCUUUUGUUGAUGAUGACAUUGGUGUUGGAUGGCGUCCUAUUACCGAAGAUUGUCCUGUGGGUUAUGACAAUGAACUGUAAACAAACAAACCAUGUAGCCAGUUCAGAUUACAACUGGACUGCACAUUGCGCCAGUGACGCAUUAGCGAGACCGCACAAAUCGUAUUCCUCAAAGUUGGGAGUGAAAGGGAUCGUCGUUUCUACUGCUGCUCACACUGUCCGCAUGCUAACAUGAUUUGGCAUCCUCAGCACCCGACACCACACAAGGGGGUUAUGUGGUGUCUGGUCAUGGACAGAUGAUGGACGUGGAGACAACACCUUCAUACUCUGAAUUCAUCAACUGUGACCGUACUGGCCGAAGGAACGCAGUACCCGACAUCCAGGGCCAAGGGGCAGCAGCCAGCACCAGUGAAUUAACCAAGGAUAUGGAAGGAAUGGACCUUAAGGCUGUCGGAGAGUCUGGCACCUCACCAACUCCUGAGGGUGAAGGUUUGACCGGCCAAGAGGCCCAGGGAGGUGAGGGCCCAUCAUAAACUACGAGAGAGGGAGAGAGGGACGAAGAAAGGAAUGGGGGAAAAAAGGAGACAGAGAGAGAGGAUCUCCUGGUUGUCCUGCCUGACUGGACCCUACUCCUCUCCUAGCCCAACAGUGAUGACAUCAGUGAUGACAUCACCUCUCACUGAUUAGCUCUGAUGGAGCUUUGCUGGUCCAGUUGCAUGAUGCUUUUCCUUUAUUAGCGCUGAGGCAUUGUGGAAAAUGUAGUUGACAGAACUUGACAGUGGGAUUACAUCUGAUGUUGGUCUAUACAGUAGAUGCUGCUGGACUAAGAUGGUAAAGGUAAUCGCAUCUAUGGGCUUAUUUACAUUACGCUCCAUUUUCUGAGACAUUGAUGAAGACUCGAGACGCUAGAUUCUUUUGUGUGAACUUUCAGAUAUCGAUAGCUCAAGACACCACCUUUCGAGGUAGCAUGCGCCACAUUCUCAAUUAAACUCCCCUGGAGUUUUGCCAGUAUGAAGACAAGUCUGUCGGCCACAAUCCUACAUUGUAUGUCUCAAACAUGCCGAUGUAAAUUCAAACGCAAUGGAAAUGAUUACACAAGACUAAAAUGAGUCUAUCUAGCGUUUCAUUCUCGCUCGUAAUGUAAACAAGCCCUGUGUUUCUCCAGAGGUUCUGAAGACUGUCCAUAGUGAAAUGCUUGUACCAAACCUAACAUGGAAUUCCCAUUAAGAGCUACAAAGUAUCUUCAAUCAUGUGUGUGGCAAUUUUUUUUUCUGUAAGUUUGUGUCCCAGUUUAAAUGUUUCUUUAUUUUACCUUUUUUCUUUUAUAAUAAUACAAACAGUUGCUAUUACAACGUACUGUAUUGGAGGUCCUAUUUAUUUCAAGUGGUUCUCUGAUAUACCUUUUGUAAUAGGAAUGCCUUUUCUGUAAUAAAAUGUGAAAUAUG